AGAAUCAAACUGUGUUUGUUUUAACCGCAGAGGAAGAGCUGUGAGAACUGUUGCUCUGGAGUUCAACUUGCUGAAUGACAGCAGGGGAAAGUUUGCAGCUUCUGUUGUUUGGGGAACCGCCGUCCUUCCUCGGCUGGGUCCUCGCAGCGUUUCCGACACCAACUGUGAACAUCGACAUCAAAAAUGAGGGAUCGAACAAAAGAGUUAGAUAAUAAACAUGAAGCUUCAGAUGACGAGAACGAGGAGAGAACAGCCCUAAUGAGCAAAUCUGGAAGCUCUUCAGCAAAGGAAGAAAAGGAAAAUGAGGCUUUUUUCAAAAAGGUGCAAGAAAUCCAUGAGGGGUUGCAGAACUUCAAGAGGAUGGUGUCAGAGCUGGAAAGCAAGCAGAAGACGGUGCUGAGCGUGGCGCUGCCAGAGGAAAGUAUGAAGAAAGACCUUCAAACUUUUCGAGAAGAGAUCAAAACAUUAGCGAGCCAGAUCCAGAGGAAGCUGAAAAGUAUCGAAUCCAAAAAGUCAGAUGACGAUGGCAAAUAUAUUCCCAUAAAUGUCCGGAUGCAGCGCACUCAGCAUGCCAUACUUUCCAAGGAGUUUGUGGAAUUGAUGAGCUACUGCAACACCAUCCAGGCGCAGUACAGAGACCGCAACGUGGAGAGAAUACAGAGGCAGCUUAAAAUAACCGGCACAAACGUGACAGACGAAGAGCUGGAAAAGAUGCUUGAAGAAGGCCAGACGGACGUUUUCACGCAGAAUAUUUUAAGCGAUGCAAAAGCUACAAAACAAGCCCUAAAUGAGAUUGAGUCGCGGCACGACGAGAUCCUGAAGCUGGAGCGGAGCAUCCGAGACCUGCACGACAUGUUCCAGUACCUGGCCAUGGAGGUGGAGGCUCAGGGAGAGAUGGUCAACAGAAUCGAAGAGAACAUCAAGCAGUCAUCCGACUAUGUGGAGAGUGCGGCAAAAAACACGGAGCAGGCUGUCAACUAUCAGAGGAGAGCUCGCAAGAAAAAAGUUUGGAUUGCAAUCUGUUUGGCCAUCCUCCUCAUCAUUCUCAUCAUCGCCAUUGUCACGUCAUUUUCAACGUAACAGCAGAGACUGAUACUCUCUGUAGCAUGUUAAAUAUAAAAAAAAUAUAUAAAUUAUCUUUUUUGUGCAAGUAGGAGUCCACAAAGGUGAAUUUAGUCACUGGACAUUUUUGUUUUCUAUUCCUCACCUUCUUAGUCAGUUUUCUGUAAAAAAGCGUUAUGUUUUGGUCAGAUUUUGUUUCAUUUGCAUUUAAGGAUGCGGUCCCUUCCUGCAAAAUCCAAGAACAAAACUAACAUGCUGUUUCUGAUCUUGUUUUUUUUAACCCCCAUUCUUGACAAAAAAGAAACGAAAGUGAGCUAGAAAAAAAAAACUGCAGUAUUGAUCUCAGGAAAUCUGUUCACUUUUGUUACGGUUCCACUGUUAAACUGUAAAAAAAAUGUCAGUUUUACAGGUUUUUAUAAACAGAAAAUGAACUAAUAACAUUGUAAAUAACAUAUUGUGAUUAUACAAAGAUCUUUUUUUUUAUCUAGAGCCUUUUGACUUCCAAGUGUAAAUAGGGAAAAAAAAUCCUUAGCACCGAGGCCAACCACAGUUCCCUUUGUAUUUAUUAAAGCGUUCUAAGCUGCUACUUUCUCAUUAAUAAGCCUUAACUUCUCAGAACUGUGCCUUCUCCAUGCUGUCUACUUAAAAAUGUGAUGCUGAGCACUAACACUGUCAAGAAGGGAUGGAUUUUUGAUCUGUUUUAGCUUGUUAAUAAAGUUUUGGCAGAGCUCACUACCUUUUCCGCCUAACUGUUGGGGUUUUUGUAAUCUUAUGACACUCAAACGGUGUGCUGAGAGGAGGACCACUUUCCCAGUGCAACUUUACAGAUGUUAUGCAUUAUAUUU